AUGACAAAGAAGCGUGUCCUGAUCAGCUGGGGCGUCGACGUCGACGCAGUGGCAGGAUGGUUAGGCUCCUAUGGAGGCGAGGACUCAACUAGCGACAUUAGCAGAGGCAAGUUGCGGCUUGAAGAGCUCACCUAUACAGGAAGGAUCUUUGCUGCUACUGUUGGAACACAGCGCAUGCUCAAAAUGUUUGACAAAUACAACAUCAAAGCGACGUGGUUCAUCCCGGGUCACACUCUCGAGUCGUUCCCAAAAGAGAUGGCUGAGGUGCGGGACGCUGGCCACGAGAUCGGCCUGCACGGUUACUCUCAUGAGAAUCCAGCAGAUAUGACGCUAGAGAAACAGCGGGCUGUUCUCGAUAAGACGUAUAAACUCCUCACAGAAUUCUGCGGCAAACCGCCAAAAGGAAGCGUCGCCCCUUGGUGGGAAGCCAGCGCUGAGGGGGCGCAGCUUCUUCUGGAUUACGGAAUCGAGUACGACCACAGCCUGAGCCAUCACGACUGUCAGGCCUACUACCUUCGAACCGGUGAUUCGUGGACCACGAUUGACUAUAGCAAACAUCCAGAAGAAUGGAUGAAGCCGCUAGUCAACGGCAGAGAAACUGGGCUUGUUGAGAUACCUGCAAACUGGUAUAUCGACGAUCUACCGCCGAUGAUGUUUAUCAAAUCUGCGCCCAACAGUCAUGGAUAUGUGAACCCGCGGGACGUCGAGGACAUUUGGAGAGACACUUUUGAUUACUGUUACCGCGAGUAUGAUGAGUUCAUUUUCCCCAUUACUUGCCAUCCUGAUGUCUCGGGCCGCCCGCAAGUCAUCUUAAUGCACGAACGGCUUAUUGAGCAUUUCUUGAAACACGAGGGGGUUGAAUUUGUUACUAUGGGAUAUAUCUGUGAUGAUUUCAAGAGGCGAAAUUCUCCGACGGCUGGCGCUGCAAUGCCUGCCGCAAUGCCUGGCAUCCUUCCAAGUGGAUAA